AUGAAAAGAGCCUUCUUCUUGCGUCUGAAUAAGAUUCCUUCUUCUCUGCUCUUUCAUCAUCACUCGGACCAUCACUCGACCCGAUCAUUGAAUCGAGGGUACAGCUAUUAUUGUUAUGAUUGUUACUAUGAUUACAACUCUCAGUGUUAUGAUUAUUGUACGACCACCCUGACGAAUGCAAUUGGUAUAGCUGCUGAUACGAAUUCUUCUCCGAGUAGUAGUAGCAGUACUAGCACAAGGAGGAAUCAUGAGUUGAAUAACAAAACUCUCAAAUCAUCAUACAAGACAAGUCGUAACAAGUCUGAUAUCCAAAACAGGACCGAAUAUACUCCUCCUACUGCUAGAUCUAGUACUACAACUAGUAAUAGCCAUUCAAGUAAUCACCACCGGCACUCUAAUAUCAACCACACGUCCAACAACAAACAACAUCCAAAUUCUUCUUCUCGUUCUAAAACCAUGAACAUUUCAUCCGAAGAAAAUAUUGGAGACUAUUUAUAUAAAAAUAUUAAAUUUAAUUUUUCAAUCGAGCCUUCAACAUCAUUCAUUUCAGAUACCAUACGUAAUGAAAUUCUCAUUCAUGCUCGAAAAGGAGAUGUUCGGAAAGUAUUGGAAUUACUCUCUUCAAUUAAAGCCUCAGAGACAUUCUCUGCUAAACAAAAGGAAGAAAUUGAUGCUGAAAAGGAUUUAAUUAUUCAUACCUUAAUGUUAGCCUAUGCUAAAAAAGGAGAUUUAUCAAAGACUGAAUUUUUAUUUAGGAAAUUAAAAAAUCCAGACAAGAAGUGUUUCACCAUUUUGCUUGGAGCCUAUGCCGAUAAGGGCAUGGUUGAGAAAGCAGAACAAUUAUUUAGCAAAAUUGCAAAACCCGAUGAAGCAUGUUAUGUAGAAUUGAUGAGAGUCUAUUCUAAGAAGGGAUUAUACAACAAAAUUCAAGAACAUUAUUCGACCAUCUAUCAAAAGUUAUUGACGAUGGAAUCCACACAACAAGAACGAAAUGAACAUGGUAUGGCAUGUGACAAGAUUCAAUCAGAAGAUUCUUUCUCAUCAUCAACCUCUUCUUCACUAUUAAUGGAUUUAUGUGAAAUGGUCAAAACAGAAUACAUUUCAGAGAAUCGUGUGCAAUCGGAUGAAUAUGAAUAUUUACAAAAAGUAUUCAUGGUCAUUGUUGCCUUUCGAAUGCAUGGAAUUUUAAAGAAUAAGGACUAUGGAUUAUUAGAUGCUACAUUUAAAAGAGUUUCAAAAUAUAUCAUACCAUCAUUGAAUGAUUUCUCUAUUCCUAAUUGUUCAACUACCACAACAACUAGUAUAGGAAAUGGUACUAUUAUCAAUACUAAUAUUAGUAAUACUACUUCUACUAAUAAUACUUUUAAUACUACUACAAAUAGUAUCAAUUCUAAUUUUAAUACAACAAGUAGUAUCAAUUCCAUGUCAACGAAUCUCAUCUCUACGACACCCAAAAGUCAUUUAAAUAUUUUAAAUAUUUAUUUGCAAUCUCUCAUUCAAAGAAAAGCACCAUUGGAUCGAAUUGAAUCAUUUGUUAAAAAUUACAUUUCACAACCAGAUACAGUCACCUAUCAUUUACUACUUGUUUAUUAUUUUCAAUCAAAUAUGCAUGAUAAGGUUGAUAAAUUAUUUAAACAAAUAUCAAGAUUAGAAGAUAUGAAUACAAAAAUGAGAAAUUAUUUCGCAAGUACAAUCAUGACCAUGUUUUAUCGACAUGGAAUGUAUCACAAAGUUGAGAAAAUAUUUAGUCAAAUUCAAUCACCAGAUUAUUCAUGUUAUAAAAUAUUAAUGAAUACCUAUGUCCAACAACAGGAUACAUACAAGAUGAUGCAAUUGUUUAAAGAAAUACCAAAUGACAUGAUUGAUGAUCAAUUGGUGGAAGAUAUGAUGGCCAUGAGGCGCGUGAUUGCAAAAAGUCACAACAAGAAUAAUAUCCAUCCUACGAUUAUUGAUAUUCAUCCUUAG